AUGCCUCAUUCUGUUGUGAAUAUUCGCUCCGGCGGGCAAUGCGAACUACCGCCGCCUACGUCCGGGGGUGUGGCCGCACCGGCUUUUCUGCACGAGCCGCCGGUACAGGUCGUGUUUUCCAACACGACCGGAGCCCUGGUCUCUUGCUCGGCUUCCGGGCAGCCCCGGCCCGCUAUCGGCUGGACAAACGAGAGUGGCUCUCCUCUGGAGCAUAUUCCCGGACUGCGCCGUGCCAGGCCGGACGGGACGCUGGAGUUUUUCCCGUUUCGCGGUGAGGACUACCGCCAGGAGGUCCACGCAUCCCGCUACCGCUGCAGGGCCUCCAACACUCUCGGUUCUGUGUUCAGUCGAAGUGUCCACGUCAAGGCCGUGGUGCAGCAGCAGUACGAGAUUCGCGUCUACGACGACUUCGUAAUCCGCAUGAACACCGGCGUCCUUCGGUGCCACGUUCCGAACUACGUCAGAGAAUACGUCGUUGUGACGUCAUGGGUCCGCAGCGACGGCUUCAUCAUUUCAGUGCAAGCUAUACCAGAUGAGAAUUCCAAGUACGUGGCAUUUACGACGGGAGAGCUGCACGUUCGGCGUGCAGGGCCCGAAGACAGCCAUCACUCGUUCCAGUGUCAGACCAAGGACACACUCACCGGUGCCGUAGUCAGCAGCAUCACGGCUGGAAAACUUGUGAUCACUGAGCCACACUCCAGCAUCCCGGCCAAGGUGAUCCACUGGAGCCGCCAGGUAGAAGGACCGCAAGGCUCAGCAGUGUUCGUGCCGUGUGAGGCUCAGGGCCACCCACAGCCUUCUUAUCGCUGGUACCGCCAGUACGGUGCUCGACUACGGCCACUGCUGCCCCUUACCGAGCCGGGUAUCGUGCUCGUCGGUGGUACGCUCGUGUUUCGUCGGGCUUCGGUUCAGGACAGUGCCACCUAUGUGUGCGUCGUCAGCAACGGAGCAGGCGCUGAGGAAAAAAACGAGAUACAGGUCCUGGUCACAGAACCUCUGGAAGUACAAAUGUGGCCCAGAACCCGAGAGGUGCGCUCCGGCGACUCGGUGACGCUCAACUGCAGCGUCUCGGGCUUUCCCGUGCGGUCGGUCACGUGGUCCAAGGAUGGACGGCCAAUCGUGGGGCCCUCCGCUGCGGGAGCCUCAACGUCGGCCGGCAGCAGCGGUUCGUCACUGUCGCGGCGCGUGCUGAUGCUGAACCGGUACGCGCUGAGGAUACAGGCGGCGCAGAGCGACGACUCGGGCGUCUACCAGUGCCACGCCACGAACGAGAGGGACUCUUCGCAGGCCCACGCCUACGUCCACGUGAAGUCGGAACCACCAGUGCUGGUUUCACACUUUGAAGACAUCGUGGUUCGACGAGACGAGCCAGUGUCCCUCCGGUGUGCUGCCACAGGAACGCCACUGCCCCAGAUAACGUGGGCUGUUUAUGACGUCCAAGUUCAGGACUCCAGCCGAGUCCGUGUCGGCGACUACGUGAGCCGGGAUGGGUCCGUGAUCAGCUUCGUAAAUAUCACGAGGGUCAGGCCCGAAGAUGGCGGCGCCUACCGUUGCGAAGCGUCCAAUGAACAUGGUGCGGACGCCCACUCCGGUCGUCUGAACGUGCUCGGUCCACCAGCGGUGCACACAAUGCCCAACCGAACAGUAGUGGCGGGACGCAGGGCCAUGCUGCAUUGCCCGUACUCCGGAUUUCCCGUGACCAGGGUCAUUUGGCGUAAAGACGGGAAAAGCCUGCCCAGCAGCAAGCGCGUGAUGCCCUACCAGAACGGCUCCCUCGUACUGGAGACCGUAAGCCGCAAAGACGACGAAGGGCGUUACUCCUGCACAGUUCGCAACGAGCACGGCAGCGAAGCCCGGAACCACCUCUACCUCAGGGUUCUCGUGCCACCCUCGAUCACGCCCUUCUCGUUUCCUGAGAAACCUCAGCUGGGCUCUCGCGCCAGUGUUACGUGCAGCGUUCCCGACGGCGACCCGCCCAUUCGUCUGUCGUGGCUCCGCGACGGCGUACCCCUGGACUCGUCCCCGUCGGCCGGAAGGGAAGGCGUCACGUUUGGUCACGUGGACGACUUCAUCUCCACACUGGUGUUCAAGUCCCUGCGCGAGGAGCACACUGCAGUGUACACCUGCCUGGCUGCUAACGAAGCCGCUGCUGUCAACUAUUCCGCGCCGCUCGUUGUCUAUGCACCACCAAGAUGGCGGCUGGAGCCCGCAGACACGACGGUAACGACGGGAGAGCGAGUGAUCCUGGACUGCCAGGCCGACGGUACCCCGGAACCUAGGGUUCGUUGGAAGAAGUCGGCAGGGCCUCAAAGCGCAGAAUUCCGCACCGUUAUAAGCAGCUCUCGCAUGCAAGCGUUGGUGAACGGAUCCCUGGUAAUCCAAGAAGUGGAGACCUCGGAUGCCGGUGGCUAUAUGUGUGAAGCCUCGAACGGCGUCGGUCUGCCUCUUUACACUGUGGUGCAGGUUAACGUCCACGCUCCAGCCAAAGUAAGGCAGCGCUUCAUGUCCCACAUGGCGGGAAGGGGUCAAGUGGUGAAGCUUCGUUGCGAAGCUACGGGAGACGAGCCUAUCAGCUUCUUUUGGUCAAAAGACAGCAAGCCGAUCAAAGCAUUCUCCAAUCCCAGGUACACCAUCAAAGACCACUCCCGCGAAGAGUCUCCCUGGUCCGAGCUGAUGAUACUGCUCGCCGAGAAGAAUGACACCGGCACCGUCAAAUGCGAGGUCUCCAACGCCUACGGGCACGACGAGCAGGUGACCCACCUCUCCAUACAAGACAGGCCCGAUGAGCCCCCCAGGCCGGAAGCGCUCAACGUGCUCAGCCGAUCUGUAACCGUUUUGUGGAAAAGUCCCAGCGACGGGAACUCGCCCAUCACCAAGUACAUCGUACAAUACAAGAGGAGCAUCGAGUCUUGGGAGAAGCAGCUAAGCGAAAUGGUUGCCGAGGCUGACCAGAGCCAGGUGACGGUACAGGAUCUGCAUCCACUCACCGAGUACAACUUUCGGGUCCUCGCUGAGAAUGCCAUUGGUAUCGGACCACCCAGUGAGGCGUUGACCGUCAUCACUGAUGGCGAAGUGCCUGCAACUCCACCACAAAGCGUGAAGGUGACGGCAGUCAGCUCAAGAAAAGUGGAGGUAUCAUGGAAGCCGCCGCCAGUGCACCUGCAGUAUGGUGAAAUUCAGGGAUAUUAUGUGGGCUACCGUGUGCACGGUUCCACCGAGCCGUACGUCUUCAAGACUGUCACCGGCAGCUCGUCGUCGCUGGGAAAGCCCGUCACACGCUGCGUUGUGGAUAACCUACAGCGCGCCACUGCCUAUGCCGUCGUGGUGCAAGCAUUCAACGACAAAGGGGCGGGACCACUCUCCGACGAGAUCAUGGUGCAGACACACGAGCAAGAUCCACCACCACCACCUCUCGUCACUGUAGCAUCCAAAACGACCGACUCCAUCGAACUGAGCUGGACACCGCAAGAUGAAGGGAACGAAGUCGUGGAAGGCUACGUUGCCCGCUACCGCACACAGGAAGGGCUCGAGUGGAGCGAAGUUUCCAUCAGUCCUGACAAGCGGAGCUACCUGUUCGAAGGCCUGCAGUGCGGCAGCACUUAUUCUUUGUCUGUACUCAGCUUCAACCGCAACGGACGCAGCGAGCCCGAAGAGCUACUGCAAGUCAAGACAGAGGGAACAGCACCCCAGGCUCCCUCGCCAAAGGCGGCUGUACUGCCCAACGUGACCAGUCUUGGCUUGGUGCUAUCCGCUUGGCGUGACGGCGGCUGCCCCAUCAGCCACUUCCUGGUUCAGUACCGGCCCCGUGACGAACUAGAUUGGACGCUGCUGUCGUCUCGGGUGCUCCCCGACCGAGACGUGGUGAUCGUCGGAGACAUGGCACCUGGAACCUGGUACCAGCUGCUCGUGGUCGCCUACAACAGCGCCGGCUCCACCAAAGCAGAGCUACACAGUCGCUACGCUAACGCUCGCAGGAAAUCCGCUAGAACCGGACAAAAUAUCGGAGGCUGGACGCGACAGCAGCAGCCCUAGGUACCGCAGCUUGUCCAUCAUCGUACCUAUCUGCUGCUCCAUCAUUGUCCUCAUGGCCGUCACUGUGGCCAUCAUGGUGCUCGUCUGCAGGAGAAGGUCUUCCGGAACACCUCCAUCAGCCAUCA